AUGCCUCGUACCCGUUCUCAGCCCGAAUCGCCUGGUGGCUUCGUUUCUCUUGAUGACACCAAACGAGCUACUCGUCGGACUACAAGAUCGAAAAGCGCCGCUUCUCGAGCCGCGUCUCAAGAGCCCAUUACUGAACAGCCCACUGAGCCAGUAACACAAGCACCGACUCGGCCCAAGGCUCAAGCUCGUACCACCAAGAAGACUACUACGAAGAAAGCCAAAUCCACUACUUCUACCACUACUAAGCGCGCAACGCGAAGCACCUCCCGCAAGGCGGCGCAAGAUGCGGCCGAACAAGCACAAGAUUCUGUCAUUCAGAACGAUCAUGACAUUGCGCGAACGGAUAAUGAAGAAACCGUUGAAGCUCUCACGGAGAAACCCGAAUCUGUACCCUCCACGUCAGAUUCUGCUCUAAUGGAACCUAAGAACUCAGAGCGUGAGUAUAACAAAUCUCCUACAUCUUUGCAAGCUUUUGCUGUACCUUCUCUCCCCCCUUCCCCUGUCAAUUCUCCCUCGUCAUUUUUUGUUUCAAAACCCAAGGAGCCUCAGGAGUCCAAGGAUCACCAGGAGGGCCAGUAUUCCGAGGACGAGCCGGAGUUCGAGGAUGUACCAGUGGACCAUGACCACUCGAACAAGGAUAUCCUGAAUAUGCAAUCAGAGCCAACCCCUCAGAACUUUGAGUCAUUCCAGCAGCUCGCCGAGUCUGAGGUUCCUCCAUCGCUGAACGCGGACGCAUUGAACUCUGAUUAUAUUCCCACUCUUCCCGGCACCAAUGAUGAUUUUAUCCAAUGGGGAAAUUCGAAUCUUGAUCUUGAUGAGGCGUUGGCCAACUUCAACCUCGAAAUAUCGGACGAAUGCAAUGCGGAAAUCAAUCUCCUGCUUGCGAACCACAAGACUGCCCAGGAAUCGACAAAGAAUCAGGCAGUCGUGGAUACCAUGGAGCAGGCAGUUGCGGCUUGCCAAGGUCAGGACGCCGACCAAGCCAUUGCAACCCAGGUUGUCUCAAGCACCGUUGAGCAGCCGAUUACGGCACUUUCAAAUUACGCUUUACCAAACACCACCAACGUCGCCGAGGCAGCCGCACCAACCCCAGCUCAGACUCUCGGUAUUAUCACCAGCGCCUCGGAAGAACUUGCUGUAGCGGUCACGAUACCUCUACCUCCUGACAAUGAUGUCGAUGCUUCUGAGCAACUGGCGAUCGCAGAUUUGGCCCCUUCGUCUCUUAGUGGCACAUUCGCCACCCAGGCAGCCUUGGAUACCUCCAAGGAGACGGUUAAUCUAGCCGCUACUCCCUUUGCUGCGACAGUAUCAAACCCAGAAGCCGCCGAGGAGCCCACCGAGGACCUGGUGGUGCCCAGCGCCUCUGAGGAGUUAUAUGCGGUAGCACCAAUCACAGUGGAACUGAAGGAUAUCAAGGAGCCAGACAACAAAGUUGCAGUAUGUGAUGAGACUGCCUCCCUUUUGGUUUCCACUGUGGACUCCGACGAGAAAGCAGCUGUGGAGGAUCCUAUCGAUGGCCUCAUCAAAGCUCUCGCCAAUAUUUCAUUAUCUCAGGAGGUUAUGCGUUCUGCAUCUCUAGAAGCCACUGCUUUCUUUACAGAGUCGCACAAAGCUCCCGCCAACAUCUCACUAUCUAAGGAGGUUAUGCGUUUCGCACCUCUAGAAGCCACCGCUUUCUCAACGGAGUCAAUCACUGUGCGCCAACCCGCUCCUGCUGGUACACGUCUUCUGGCAUCCAUUUACGACGAUAUUCCCCCGAGCGUGCCAGACAUGCCGACUUUGUUGGCUUUCAUGCGGCGCCAGGUUCCGAAGCCAACGCUCUUCGGCGGUCCUAUACCGUAUUCGCCGUCAACCAUCUUUGAUGACAGACACCCACCUCCAACUGUCGAUACCAUAAAAGACCAGAAGACCGUGGAGGAGCACUUUGCACCAUUGGUGCUGGAGGAGGAACCGCGACUUAUGUCGGCUCCUCCGCGCCGCCCAUCCAAGGUCAGAUCCAAUGACCAGCCGACUUCCCAAGCCCCUAGGCGUCAAGGAUCGCGCGCUUGGCACGCUACUCCGCUCUCACCUAUAGCGGAGGAGCAGGACUUGAACCGUCAUGUGAGCCCGGCUGUUUUAGCAAAAGAAGCCAUCCCAGCUCAGGCCAUCCCCACCCAGAGCGUACCUGUUGAACAUACUACAACCUCAACCGUCGGCAAGGCCACUCCUGUUAAACCGCUGGAACCUUCAUCCACCAGUAGCGCCCCGGAAAUAUCCGUUCCAACUUCAUCGUCUGCCCGGCCCCGCGUCCCGCUUAGCUCUACUGGAUUCUCGCCAUCCAUCAUUCCUGUCAAUGGAUCUCUUGAAGGGCCAAAUAACACUGCGAGCUCUUCCAAAAUGAAGAACUUGUCCGAGGACAAGACCCUGGCCGAGGAGAAGGCUAUCAAGAGGACCCCAAAAACACCCAAGGUUCCUGGAAACACAAUGACCCCAUCGUCUUCCAAAGUUUCAGGAGACAACCCACGAAACACUGAUACUUCUGCUUGCAUUUCUUCUCAACUUAAUCAGAAAAAGCCAAAAACAAAGAAAAAGCUAACCAAAACUAAAGUCAACAGAAAACGAGCCCAUACCGAAGAUAUUCCUGAUGACAACGCCGAACCUGUCACCCCAUAUGCAAACAAACGCCGUAAUCUUGGACCCCCUGGUAGCACGCCUUUUGCCAGACGGUCCACGCGUCUUACCCCCCUUCGCCGCCUUCCCCAUAAAGUGUCGUGGUCUGAGAGGAAACUACGCCGUGAGGCAGAACGCCAAGGUCGUAUUCAAAAAACCAUUUUCCGCCUCCCUGAAUUUGUUGCGCAGACGGAAGCGGAUCGUCGUGCGUCUGAAGCUGCUGCACUAACAUCUACACUAACCACCGAGCCUCUCAAGGCCAACUUUGAUUUCUCACUUGAACCGGCUCAGACGGAUGACCAAACCGCCCCCGAAGAAUCUGCCGCAGCUCAGGAGACUCCGGCCAAGGAGCCAUCCACCCCAGAACCUGCUCGGAGCAGCUGGAACCUUAGCGGAUUAAUCAACUCUGUACCACGCUCCUUGACGCGCCUUCUGCCCCGAUUUGGUCGUACUCGUUCGACAUCAGAAGCUCCAGCUAUCCAAGAGCCUGCAUCCGAACGCAUCCAACGCACACAGCCCGCUGAAACAUCCCCAGAUGAUGCGGCUACCGAGCAAAAUUCACAAGCUCACCGUCGUCUGAGCGAGCAACCACCAGCAAAACGCGCCCGUACUUUGUCCUACUCGCUUUUCCCCGCACCAAUUGAUCGGUCUCGUUACCUUGGGGAUAUUCCACCAAAACCCCUCGCCACAGUUCCGGUUACGGCUCCUGCUUCCGAUUCUGCGCCUCGGCCCGCUGAGAAAGCUACGCCUCAGAGCACAGAACUUCACACUUCGUCCACCCCUAUUGAACGGGGCCGUGACAGCACACCGCAGACAAGCAAUGCUACGACCAGGUCGAAACACAAGCGCAAGCGCUCCCCAUCCCCAGAUGUCAUCCCGAACCCCGAAGGCUCCAGCUAUGGCAUGGACAUAAAAUAUUUCGAAAUCAGCGAUGAUAGCGAAGAUGAAGUGGAACCUUCACCUCCUCCUACCGAACCUAGAAAUCGUGGCAAGACUUCCCUUCGCAGCAUUGCCCAGUCGGAAAGACCGGCAUCAAAGAAAGUUCGAUUUGACGCGAGCCCGGAAGACACACCUUCCAAACGCCGUGCUCGUGCCACUGAUCCUUACCGCGGAAGGCACUUCAUUGGAAUGGGCGGCCCUCAAACAUCAUCAGCACCUCCUACACCUACACCUGAGUCCAGUGUUGCGGACCCACGGCAACGAGAUGGUUUCAUUCCGAACACAUCAGGCACUUACCAACUUGAUUAUGAUGCCUUUUCCGAUGAUUCUGACACCGAAGACGAGACUGUCUCAUCUCCCAGCCAUCCUACUCCUAGUGUUGUCAGAACUCCCAGUUCUACGCAGCCUGAUACUAGUGCACCGUCACCUGCUCCUCCCUCUGCCGCGCGCCCUGCACAGCCUCCGUCGACCCCUACCACCAAAUUCGACGAAGAAGCACUCGCUAGGGCCCGCUCACAAGCCGAGAAAUAUAAACCAAAAACGCCCAGCGGACUUCGCACCGCUAGCCGCUAUUCUAGCCCUCUUACCGCUAUCACACCUGACCUCACACCCGCGUCCACACCCGCGCCGGCGCUACCUGCUGGGAAGCCCACUGAGGAAUUUGGAGAUGAUCAGUUUGCAAAGGACGCCCAGUGGUUGUAUGAUAUCUGCCCCACUGGCGAUCUCUCCAAACUUGUUUGGCCUGAGAAGAAGCCCUUCGGUGAAGACUUCGACAUCAGCGACGAGGCACGACGCAUCGCGAACGAGAUCUGGGAUUCAACGGAAGUUGACGUCGCGAUGCCCAUUUUCGAGCGCGAAUUCGCUGAAUUCAAAAAGACCCUGGUAUGA